AUGGCUCCGACUGGUAGAAAAAGAGCAAGAGCGAAAACAAGAACAAGAACAACGAGAAAAACCCAGUAUAAAAGAGCGGUUGUGAAGCCGAAGGGCAUUAAAGAGGCAUCAACAAUUGAUCAGGAUUUUCCUUCUAACUCUUCCACGAGCUGCGAUGACUGUCCAAGGAUCGAUGGCUUAGAUUUCGAGGGUGUUGAUAUCUCCACGAGUGCAUGCUCUACUCCAAAAGCUGAGAGAUUUCGGAUACCAGAGAUUCAAACAUGCCCGCCAGCGCCGAGGAAGCAAAGGAUGAUAUCGAUUUGCUCUUUGCGAAGAAGACCAAUUGCUUUCUUUGCUCCUCCAGAUUUAGAGCUCUUCUUCUUCUACGCACUUCAAGUCUGA